CAGAAAUCAAGGAGGAGCGGAGUACGUUUUCAAAACGAUGUGUUAACGCUCCAAGUAAUCGACUUAUUAAAAUUUGGAUAAACACUGUUGAAAGUGACUAAGGGUCUUUUAAGGCGCAUUAAAGAUGGUGAUGUUACGCAGUAACGGUGAUAUGGACUCGAGCUCGGAGUUUCUGUCGCUGAACCCGCCUCAGCGAAAGUCCACGCGGCUAAAAAAGGCCCAUGAUGACAGUAUAACGAGCACCGAGGACAGUCCGGCCAAUGGAUUUUUGUCUGUAAAGGAGGAACACAGCUUGAGGAGCAGAGCGCAAAGAGGAAGACAUGCUGUCACCUUUGCAGAUAUGAAUGGACAAACCAGCAAAUCCCCUCCAAAAGAUGAGACAAUUGGAAAGCAGAGGAAGUCUCCAAGAUUUCAGGCAGAUGGAGAGCGAUCUGCUGAUGAACACACAGAUGACGUGGAACAGACUCCGACUUCUCGGAAACUGUGUGCUCGUAUACAAAGGCAAGAAGAGGACAGCUCUGUGAGGCGCAGCUCCAGAAUCACAAGAUAUAAGCUUGAUGCCCGGAACCAGUCGGUCCUCUAUGACAGGCUCAUCACGAACACUGCGGAGGCUGUUCUUCAGAAGAUGGAUGACAUGCAGAAGAUGCGUCGUAGAUUGAGAAGCAGAGAUAGUGAGGAAGAAGAGAAUCUGAGAAUUUUCUCUGGAGCCAAGAGGAAAAGGAUUACAAGAUCUUCAGUGAGCGCACAAGAGGAGAGCUCUGACAACCAGGAGAAUGAAUACAGUGAUCAAGAGGUGGAUGAGGAUGGGGAAGGUGAGGGUGAAGAGGUGGAAAAUGAUGAGGGAGAUGAAGAUGAUGAGGGAGAUGAAGAUGAGGAAGACAAUGGGAAACGCUAUGAGUUCCGACAAAGAAAAGCUGUUGUGCGCUACCAGGUGCCUGUUGAAGAGCCAAAAAAGCAGAGCAUAUUUUUUAAGCGUCACUCCAGCCCGAUAAGACGAAGAUAUCCCUUCAGUUCUGCAGGUCCCAGGAGCUUGUACAACAAAAAGAGGAGCACCAGGAGAAGACAUGCCAUUCACAGCAGUGACUCAACAUCCUCCUCUUCUUCUGAUGAAGAGAAAUUUGAGAGACGGAGAAGUAAGAGUCGUAACCGGUCAAUAAACAGAUGCCUUCCAAUGAAUUUACUGAAGGAGAACUUGUUGGGAAUCCACAAGGACAGAAUGAAAGUUGGAGCAAGUCUUGCAGAUGUUGAUCCAAUGCAGAUUGACCAAACGGUGCGCUUUGACAGCAUUGGUGGUUUGGGCAAACACAUCUCUGCACUGAAGGAGAUGGUUGUGUUUCCUUUACUCUACCCUGAAGUCUUUGAGAAGUUUAAGAUUCAGCCUCCAAGAGGCUGUCUGUUCUACGGCCCUCCUGGCACAGGAAAGACCCUGGUUGCUCGAGCCCUGGCGAACGAGUGCAGUCAGGGUGAGAGGAAGGUGGCGUUUUUCAUGAGAAAAGGGGCAGACUGCCUCAGCAAAUGGGUGGGCGAGUCUGAGAGACAGCUCCGUCUUCUGUUUGACCAGGCAUUCCAGAUGCGUCCCUCAAUUAUUUUCUUUGAUGAAAUUGAUGGCAUCGCACCUGUUCGGUCCAGCCGGCAAGACCAGAUACACAGCUCCAUCGUGUCCACUCUGCUGGCUCUCAUGGAUGGGUUGGACAGUCGUGGUGAGGUGGUUGUGAUUGGAGCCACUAACCGACUGGAUUCCAUAGAUCCUGCACUCAGGCGGCCUGGGCGAUUUGAUCGAGAGUUCCUCUUUAGCCUACCGGACAGAGAGGCUCGGAAAGAUAUUUUGAAGAUCCAUACAAGGCAGUGGGAUCCGCAGCUCUCUGACGAGUUUGUUGAAGAGUUGGCCGACAAGUGUGUUGGUUACUGUGGUGCAGACAUCAAAGCCGUGUGCGCUGAAGCAGCUCUGUGUGCUCUGCGCAGACGCUACCCCCAGAUCUACUCUUCCUCCCAGAAACUGCUGCUGGACGUGGAGUCCAUCAGCGUAAGUGGGCGAGACUUCCUCACGGCCAUGAGGAAGAUAGUUCCUGCUUCGCAGAGGGCAGUUGCCUCUCCAGCUAAAGCACUCACACCAGUUAUUGAACCCCUGCUGAACUUUGCCCUCAAUAAUGCCAUGGAGAUGCUGCAGAAACUCUUUCCUCAUGUAGAACAGGGCCUCAAGAAGAAAAGAGAUACUGGGGGCAUGACUGGCAUCGUAGAUGAUCUGCUACAGAGUGAAGAUGAGGGCUCUUCUGAGUGCACAACUAAUAAAGGACAGAAGAAUGCUGGACCUGCUGCAUCUGCUCUUCAUUUGAACAGGAGCGCCCUGCAGCAGCCCACCACAUUUAGGCCCAGACUGCUGCUCUGUGGGACAUCAGGUUCUGGUCAGACCUCACAUUUGGCUCCUGCUAUUCUUCACACCCUUGAAAAGUUCACAGUGUAUACGCUUGACAUUGCUGUGCUGUAUGGGGUCAGUUCUGCCACGCCAGAGGAGGCCUGUGCCCAGGUUUUCUGUGAGGCGAGGAGAACAGCCCCCAGCAUUCUGUAUAUUCCUCACAUCCAGCGCUGGUGGGACACUGUGAGCUCCACUCUAAAGGCUACAUUCAUCAGUCUUCUGCAGGGCAUCCCUUCAUUCUGUCCCUGCCUCCUCCUCGCCACAUGCAGCUUUCCUUAUCAGACACUCUAUUCUGAGGUACAGGACCUGUUCCAUGUUGAGUAUGGUGAGGUGUUCAGCGUUCCACUUCCUUCACGGGAGGAGAGGCUCAGAUUCUUUGAGGAUCUCAUUUUAAAUCAAGCUGCUAAAGCACCAGCAUCUAAGAGAGAAGCAGUGCUGCAGGCGCUGGAGGUGCUACCAGUGGCCCCUCCGCUGCCUCCCCGCCAGCUCUCUGAGCAGGAGCAGCAGAAACUAGAAGAACAGGAGGAGGACACGCUUAGGGAACUCCGCCUCUUUCUGCGGGAUGUCACCAACAGACUGGCUCAGGACAAACGCUUCAAGGCCUUCACAAAGCCUGUGGACACAGAGGAGGUUCCUGAUUACACUACUGUUAUCAAACAGCCCAUGGACUUGUCCACAGUUCUGUCCAAAAUCGACUUGCACAAAUAUGACACGGUGGCAGCUUAUAUUCAUGAUGUGGAUCUGAUCUGGAAAAAUGCCCUCGAGUACAACCCAGACAGAGACCCCUCAGAUCGGCUCAUCAGGCACCGGGCAUGUGCUCUCAAGGACACAGUGCAUGCCAUCAUAAGAGAUGAAUUAGAUGAGGAGUUUGAGAAGAUCUGCACUGAGAUCAAGGCGUCGCGCUCAAAACGAGGCCAGACCACAUCACGGUUCACUCCUGCUUACUAUUACGUGCUACCAAAGGUCUCUGCUACAGUGGAGAAUAUGAGUGAUCGAGCAUCCAGUAAAGAUGCUGCACCUGUGGCAUCACCAGCAGUGAUUUUACCUCGUCAAACAGGAAACAAUAUAGCUUCACGGCAGAAAAAGAAAAACCAAUACCGGAAGAAUCGAUGGAAAAAUGGCUUCAUCAGCAAAAAGAAGUAUUCCCCACAUUUGAACUCCAGAGACAACCCCAACACUGCCGAAUCAGGGGAAGAAGAUGAAGAUGAAGAGGAGGAGGAGGAGGAGGAUGGAAAACCGGCUGAGAGUGUAGCUGCAGAGAAGUUGAAAGAUGCUGAAUGUGAGAAAAUGGAUGUUGAUGGCUGUGCUGGUGCAGAGGACCCAAAAGAGUCCAGUCCAAACAAUGUAACACAGGAUAGUCUCGACCCUAAUGAGGGAAGACAACAUUGCAAUACUGCCUCUGUACUGGAUGGAGUUGCGAAUGGAGAGAUGGUCCAGAAUGAGCUAAAUGAUGCACAACCAGUAGAGAGGGUGGAGACAAGUGCAGAGGACAGUACAGGAGCAGACUUCCGACCGAGACGAAUGACCAGAGGUUUUAGGGUCCGUGCCGAACAGCAGAGUCUCAUCAAUGUGGAUGCUGCCAUGAAGAUCCUGGAGCAGAAGAAUCAGCCUCUUGUUGUGGACCACAACAAACUUAAAGAGCUUCUACAGAAGGUUGUGCUUGUGACGGAGGGGUUUGAGGUCAAUCAGCUAGAGAAACUUUAUGCUCUGUUGUGCCAGAGCAUUUACAGACACAGGAAAGAUUACAACAAAACUGCACUUAUACAGGAGAUGUCAAAAGAAGUUGAUGAGUUUUCCUAGUUUUCUUUUUUGUUGUUGUUGUUGUUACAUAAACUAUCCUAUAUAUUCCUUAUGCUACUACUUGUAAAUUAUAUUUAGUGAAUUCUUUAAUCAUAUCUUAGAG